UAGAUUGUUUACAUUGACAACUUAUGUCUGUUUUACAGAUAACACAUUAUAAUUGGUGCAAGGACGUUAUGUUAUGAAUUUUGAAGAGGUUUCACGUAUCUAAAUAUCUAUAAAUCACUAUACAGUAUGCUUCAAAACAAUCAUUGGAAUUAAUAAAGAUAUUAAUAGUCUUUUAAAUUAAAUAACAUCAGUGUCACAGUUUCAGUGGGCGUAAUUAAGUGGCACACGUCAAACGCAAAGGAUUUAAGAUGUUUAUGUUAUGUAAUUGUGUGCUGUCGGAACUGUAGUAAUAAGCUAAAACAAGAAAACGUUCGGCUGUUCAUGGAAGUGGAUGAGAAAUGGGCAGACGAAAUAAUAAGAACCGAAACUGGGUUCAGAAUCAUCAGCAGCCUCCAAUGGCUGGACCGGCACGGGCGCAACCUUCUUCGCAAUUACUGUUUAGGCAUGGAGAACACAUAGGGUCGGAGGAUCGUAGCACAGAGUUCAAAGAAGGUCCAGGGUUUAUCCAAAACGAAUUUCGUGCCAACGUGGCGAAAUACGUUUCGGCAUUUGUCAACAGUCAUGAAAACGGAAGACUAUUCUUAGGAGUCAAUGAUGGAGGAUACGUGACAGGCUACCAAUUAAACCAAACACAAGAGGAUCGUCUUAGACUUCAAAUUGAUGAUGCGAUCAAAGAUAUAAAGCCGACUAUAUUUCCGAACGACUACUCUGUCGACUUUACACCCGUAGCAGAUCAAAACGGAUAUAUAGCGGAAGGGUUUAGAUCAGGAUGGUACUUCGUUGUGAUAUGUAUCAUGGUCCACGGGAAAAGUGUUAACACGAAUGGUCAGCUCUACAGCACACUUCAAGGCACCUUUAUGAGAAGAGACGGCGGAGUGCAAACUUUGAACGCCCAGGAUAUACACAACUUCUAUCAAAGAAAACAUCUAACUGAGAUGGAUCGGCUGAAAAAUGAUGUCAGCAACCUAGAACAGAGAAACAAACAAAAAGACAAUGAGUUUGACAGAAAAAUGCGAGAAAUGGAAAAUAGACACAAACAGACGGAAGAAUCGCUUGAAAGAGAAAAACGUGAACUGCUUGCCAAAACUAGUGAACAACAAGAAGUAAUAGAAAGGUUAAAACAGCAACGUGAGGAGACUGUAGAGGUCCGAGGAGCAGAGGGGUCAAAACAGACCUUAGAAGAAAUCCAGAAACUUCGUGCCAUAAUUGAAUCACAACAUAAAAAAUCAAAAGUGUGUUCAAUAUCCUAGAAUGGAUUAUAAAGUACUCUGUUCAGUCACAUUUUACAUGGAUACUGUCAAUAAAGAUUUGCUUGUAAAAAAAAUCAAAGAAAUGCGCCAACUAUUUCUCAAAUAGGCAAAAGGGCCUAUCUGAAAUAUUUUAUUAUCACAACGUUUUUCAUUCAACCUUUGUUAAAAUUGAGUUACAUAUAUUUUAUUACUUUUUAUAAACAAACAUCAAACAGCAGCUUGCAGAUACUCAGUUGAACAGAUUGUGUAAGUCCGUACCUAAAAAGAUCAAAUGUAACAAAUAUUUAUUUUUUUCACAUUUUAAACGAAUUGUUUUGUCCAUUUCCAAUCCUAUAGAACGUGAAGGAGUUUGAACAUACUGUUCAAGAUGAUAUAGUUGUGUUCUGUCUUUUUAUAGACGUAGAUCAAAUAUAUUGUCAUGUGGUUCAGGUUUGGCUUUGCAUUCCAUAAAAUUGUUUGCUCAUGUUUAUUUUUAUCAUGUCUGAAUGCUGAUAUCAAAACAUAUCAUAUGUAUGCAUUGUGAGGUUUAUUUGUAUUUUUUUUCAUUUCAAUUGUAUGAUUAUGUUCUUUUUUCUUCUUGGCUUGAUAGCUUGUUUCUUCAAUCAUUGCGUUCAUUGAUCUCAUUUGAAUUGCUAGUAUUAUUUGUUCCUUGUAUUGCUGGUCAUAGUCAGUAAACAUUUCCAUAAAAAUAUACUUGAGUUUUAAUAAACUAUACAAUAAAAGACUG